GUGCCUCGUGUGUGUGGAAACAAGAUUCUCGUAAACAUUUGUGUAUUGACUUCUGAAUAAAAAAAAUUUUCUUCAAAUAAUACGUUGUGUCACGUUUCAUAAUGCGUGUGUGUAUGGUGAACGGAUGCACAAGCAGGGAAGGAACUCCCGAAUUCAAAUCGAAAAAGUACACAUUGCAUCAAUUUCCAAAUACACAUGAGAAAAUACAGUCCUGGCUACUAGCUUCUGGGGACCAUUUCCCUAAUAUUGAUACCGCUGUUCGUUAUGUCUUGCAGCAUAGAAAUAAGUUCAAUAUUCGUUUGUGCUCUUUACAUUUUGAGUCUGAUAUGUUUAUUUCCAGUUCAAGAGCAAGAUGGACUUUGAAAAGUGAUGCAAUACCAACUAAAUUUCCGAGGCCAAGUGUUUUGGCACUUGUAAAUGAAUUGUCUUGUAUAGAUAGUGAAAUGUCAGAACCUAGUCUUCAAGAAGACACUUCAAUGCAAAGUUGUAUCAAUGAUGAACAGUCUUCCAUUGCAUACGAUCAUGACUAUGUUUCAAGAUUCUCCUACUCAUUACAAGAGUCGGACAAAUGUAGUAGUAGUACGAACACUAUUGAAAUGCAAAAUUCACAUAAAACUACUUCAACUCCACAUUAUCCCUCCGUGUGUUUAUCGCAAGUCCCCGGAACACUGUCACAUCUAGCAGCAACAAAGGAAUCAUUGCAAGCAGGUAAAAAAGUUUCAGGAAAACCCCAGAAGAAAGGAAAACUUUCUCAAUCCAAAUCAAAAGAACAGUGUUUGCCAGAAUCGGUACCAUAUAUUGAGAAAGUGAUGGAUAUUUCUUUGUCUCCAGUGAUGCAAAGAGCUCCAAUCAGUGAACUUCCUUUUACUCCAAUUUCACGCAUUUCAACUGUACUGAGAGAUCCCGAUACGGAUUCAACUCUGUAUGACGCUGAAUUUGAUGAUCCAGAUUUUCUUCCUGAUAAUGAGUAUAAAGGAGACUCUCCAUUUUUAACCGAUCCCACACCGGACGAUUAUGUAGCAGAAAGAAAAAUUUUAGUUUUUGAAUCUUGCCUUGAUCAGCUAUUACAUACCGUCCAAAAGUGUACUUUCUCAUCUACAUGCAGUGCACCAAUAAUGGAAAUCGAGAAGGUUAUAUUUGGGACUUUGCUUACUGUGUACACGAUUUGUGAAAAGCAACAUCGUUGUCUCUUUUGGAAGAGUCAACCGAUGAUUGCCAACAAAGCAUAUGGAAACAUAUUGGCUAGUGCCUCAAUUUUGUUCAGCGGUUCGAACUAUGCCAAAGUUAGUGAACUCUUUGCUAUUUUUGGUAUUCCAUUUAUCUCCAAAUCAUUACACAAUUUAUAUAAAAAAAAAUAUUUGUUUCCAAUAGUAGAUUUGCACUACAAAAAGGAGAGAAAAAACAUUGUGGACAGUCUGAAGGGGCAGAUAUUGUCCCUCUCUGGAGACCGCCAGUUUGACUGUCCUGGUUUUGGCGCAAAGUACUGCACUUAUUCAAUCAUGGAGGAAACCACCCAAAAAAUAAUUGAGUGCUACACAGUGCAAGACAGUGAAACCACCUCUUCCGUUGCAAUAGAAUCUAAAGCUUUCACAAAGUGCAUGGACCAACUUUUAGCAGAGGAACUCCAAAUUGGAAUUCUAGUGACUAAUAGACAUGCGAGCAUUCAGAAACUAAUGGUGGAGAAUUAUAAACAAAUUAAGCAUCAGUUUGAUAUUUGGCACUACUGCAAGAGCUUGCGCAAUAAACUUGAAAAAGUAACAAAAGAUCGAUCCUGCAAAGAACUUGUUCCAUGGACAAAUUCCAUACUGAACCAUUUCUGUGCAUCUUGUUACUUCUGCCAGGGUAAUCCCGACUCCCUAAAAGAAAAGUGGACAUCUGUCCUUCACCACAUCACGAACGAACAUGAAUGGGAGUCUGAGGAUGGAAUUGAUAGAUGUAACCAUAGAGAAAUCUCAGAAUCCGAACUCAAGGACCGAACACGUAUCUGGAUCCCAAAAAAUGGUGUUGCACAUUUGAAACUAGCGAACUUUGUGAAUGAUUCAAGACUUCAAAAAGAUUUCAAACACUUGACUGAGUUCUGCAACAGAGGAAGUCUGGAAGGGUACCGUAGCAUGGUACUAAAAUAUUGUCCAAAGCGAAUACAUUUUACCAUGGAUGGCAUGGUAGCCCGAACAAAGCUAGCUGCUAUGGCACACAACUCAAACAUAGAUAGACAAACUACUAUAGAGACCAUUCAUGAAAACUCAGUACAAGCGGCCUCAUUUGACCACAUUUUUCCAAUGGUGGCUGAUGUAAUCCGGCUGGCUACAGGUGACAUUGAUGUUUACUGGGAAUCUCAAAGAUUUAGACUACCUCGAAAUAUAGCCUUGCCCACCAACAAAGGGACUGACUAAAAGCCAUGUUUUAAGCCAUGAAGCUUGUAGACUAAUUUUUCUUUAACAUUUAUGCUUUCAUAUGAUUCCCUUAUGUUACAUGAUCAUAAAUUAUGGUGCACUGACAUAGUUCCCUCGUUCUCGGUUUAAAAUAUUCAUCUAAAUUUUAGGAUAUGCUUGACAUAGCCGAACAUUACACUGACAGGUGUGAAGUUCUAUUUGCAUAAUUAUUUUUUUUUAAAUAAAAAAAAAUAACGAAGCUCUAAAACACUGUUCAAAUGUCAAUUUUGUACACACUAUUAAUGUAGAAUAUUU